AAUAAAAACACAGUUUUGUUCAUUUCUUUACAGGAAUCAUUUAAAGAUCUUAAUUAUGGAGACUUAGGUCAACACGCUAUGGGUAAUAUUGGGAGGUGGCUUGUUGAUGUGACUAUAUUAGUCUCUCAGCUAGGUUUUUGCUGUGCCUACUUGAUUUUUAUAUCAGAAAAUUUAUCAAGUUACGUUAGUCGAGUAAGCAAACCUCAGUGGCUCGUUAUUCUACUUCCUCCCCUUUUCCUGCUUACAUUACUUCGACAUCUUCACAAGUUAGCAUUAUUUAGUUUCUUUGCUCAAGUAUCCAACUUGUUUGCCUUCUCAGUUGUGUUCUGGUUUGAUUUUGAGCACAUACACUCUGUAAAGAAACGGUUUCAUCCUAAAGAGUUUUCACUAAAAGGAUUUCCAUUCUUUUUUGCAAUGGCAAUUUACUGUUAUGAGGGUGCUGGAAUGAUUCUUUCUCUUGAAGCUUCUUGUUUGAAAGGAGUUCGACAUUUGUUUAAUAGAUAUUUUAUCAUUACAAUUUCUUUUUCAACUGCCUUGUACAUAGCCUUUGGUGUUUCAGGUUAUAUGUCUUUUGGACCAGAGACUAAUGAAAUCAUCACAUUAAAUCUGUCAAAAGGAGGAGGUAUGAACUUUGCAAUGCUUGUGAAAGUGUGCCUAUGUGUAUCUUUAUUUUUUACGUAUCCAGUGAUGCUGUUUCCUGUAACAAAGCUGUUAGAAAAUCGUUGCCUUCCAGUAAGAGAGAAUCCUGUUCAUCUAGAGAAUUUCUUGAGACUUGUGGUAGUCUCUGUAACAGGCUUGAUUGUUACUGCUGUGCCAAAUUUUGCUAAUCUGAUGGCCUUGGUGGGAGCUACAUGCUGCACAUUAUUGGCCUUCAUCCUACCUGGGCUCUUCCAUAUCCUCUUAUUUAAAAAUUCCAUCACAAGAGGAGAAUGGCUCUUUGAUUGCUGGCUAAUCUUUCUUGGUAUUCUAGGAACAGUUAUUGGUACAACUGAUGCAGUGAUUCGUCUAACCUCAACAAGUAAUGUUCCAGUGUCUUCAAUUGCCUUGAAUGUCACAAACACUAGUGACUUGGUUUUGUGAAAGUUAUACUUUAUAUUUGAUAUUAUCUUUCGAGCUGAAUUGACCAAUCUUCUGAGUAAUGUCUCAUGGUUAAGGUGUUCAUUUUACUGGUAAACUAAUAAUGAAGCAAUUUCUUUUUAUAUUGCACUAUGUUCCAAUUUUCUGUUGAUAUAAUUUUGUUUUUUAGAUGAAUUAAUAUGCUUUUCCAAAGGUACUUUUUUUAGGUGAGACACUAUAAUAUUAUAUAACUUGUAAUUUAGUUAUUUUAAUAACAGAAUAAAUGACACAGAGGCUUGAAGAAAUAUGAUUACAUGCAAUUGUCCAAACCACAUCACUUGGAGAAGUUAUUUCUAUUUGAAAGUGGAAAUGAAGUUACUCUGAGCUUUGUUGGUUUUCAUGAUAAUGAGCUACAAACUAAUUAGUAGGUAUAAACGUUCUAGAAAUGAAGUAAAAGUUUUGUGUAAUAUGUUUGUAUAGCAUUGAGUUUUAUGUUUCACUUUAUAUACAGUUACUGUUUUACCCUAGCUUUCAUCACUCCAAGGUUAGAGUGGCCAUAUUCUAAGUAUAACACAAUUAUUUAUUAAAAAGUCACUUUGAACCUUUUCUGUAUCAAAAUAUUGUCUAGAAAAAUUACAUUUAAAAUUGAAAUAACUUGUUUAACAAAUUGUAACUCUGUAGAGCUGUCCUUUCUAAGCAAUAUAUCUUUUAAUUUUGUAACAGGUUUCCAAAUAACUUGUUUAACAAAUUGUAACUCUUUAGAGCUGUCCUUUCUGAGCGAUAUAUCUUUUAAUUUUGUAACAGGUUUCCAAAUAACUUGUUUAACAAAUUGUAACUCUUUAGAGCUGUCCUUUCUGAGCGAUAUAUCUUUUAAUUUUGUAACAGGUUUCCAAAUAACUUGUUUAACAAAUUGUAACUCUUUAGAGCUGUCCUUUCUGAGUGAUAUAUCUUUUAAUUUUGUAACUUGUUUAACAAAUUGUAACUCUUUAGAGCUGUCCUUUCUAAGUGAUAUAUCUUUUAAUUUUGUAACAGGUUUCCAAAUGACCUUUCAUAAAAUCAAAGAUCUAAUUUGGAAGGAAGUUAUGAGAUCAAAUAAAUAAUUAACAUUUUGCAUGCAAACAGUUUAUUUGAAGUGCUGGUCAUUCAUAUUAAAGCUAAAAGUCAUUCAAGACCUUGCUUUCAUAGCUACAUUCAUUACAUUUAGAUAAAAUUUAAAACAAAACUAAGUUUCUGCCCCACCCAAAUAAGUAUUUUGGUCUCAUAGUGAAAGCAAAACUAGUGGCAUAUAGGUACAAACCAAUAGCUUGAAGGAAUCAGGCUUACUAGCUUAGCUGUGAAAGUAGUUCACCAUCUUAAACAUGGUUUAUAAAUUCAGAUAAAUCCUGCUUUUAUCUUUCUGGUUUUGAAGAAAAAGCAUAAUUAUGUUCUUAAGAACCACUAGACAAUAAUGUAUAUAGCAUAAUUGUUUUAAAAAUUGUUAAGUAUUUGUUUGGUUUUUAGAAUAUGGAUAUGAAUUUAAAAAUGUUGAUGUACUAUUUAUUAAAGUAGUGUAAAUGUGGCAGACUUGAAACAAUUAAUGAUUGUGCUGUUACAUGGAAUGAAAUAACUUUUACUUGGUACUGCUAUAAAACAUAAAUAUCUUACAAGUCCUUAUUUAGGGAUACUUAUGCUCUGAUAUGUGCUGUGAAACCUAUAGGCCAUUGAAUAACUUCAGCUAAAGUACAUGCAGUGUAUGUGGGUUACCUGAUCUAGUUCAAAUUAGUUUAAAACCUAAAAGCUUGUAAAUGUCUGUAGCAACAUACAAACAAAUUGUCUUUUUUUUUUAUGAGGGUCAGAUUACUCCAUAAUGCUACAAUUAAAGAUUGAUGACUAGUGUUUUGUAUAUGAUUGUGCAUUAACUGAAUUCACAGUUACUGUGCUUGCUACUAAAGUUUCAGAACAGAUGAUGUCAAACAGAAUGCUAUUUAGCAUGAAUGAGUUAAGAUAUGUUUUUGAGUUCAUGUGGGUUAUCAGGAAUUCCAUUUACUCCUGACUACCAGUAACUAAAACAAUAAUGAAAAUAAUAAAAUGUUGCAUUCUUGUUAGAAUUAAAAAGGUACAUUUUGUUUUCCAUUUUAAAAAUGAGUUAUUUCAUAAUUUAUAAAUCCUAUUUUGUUGGUAAAUUAUACACUGAAUUUGUACUAUAAAGUUUGGCUUUUAAAUAGUGUUUGUUCAACUAUGUGCAGAAGGUAGGUGUAAUAAUGUACAUUUCCAUUUCUUAUCAACAGAAAUGGCUUUUAAAACUAACUAUGGAGGAAUUUUAAUAUUAUUUUCUUAGAAGUUCAUGUGAACAGUGAUUUAUAUAGUGUGCAUGUCUAAUUUUAUUUUUCUAAAGUGAUUUAAAGAUAGAUAUCCUGUUUCAGGUUUUGUUUAUUCAGAAUUCUUUGGCUUAAAGUUAAGAGGUCAAGAUUUUGAAGGUACUCAACACUGUUGAAGUAUUCUUCAAAAUAUUUUUGGAAGUGUUCUUUAGGCAGAAUUAUAAAAAUUAUUUGUGAAGGUUUAUAAUCUAAUUUCCGUUCAAUAAGUCGUAUUGUUUUGCUAAUGGCAUUUCAAUAUUGUUGUUUAAUAUCUUUAUUAAAAUAACCUUAGUUGCUUCUUUCUUUCUUUCUUUUUUUUAUCUGACACCUUUUCUUUAUGGCCAUCUCUAGUGUUUGGUGUACACUCCAGAUUCCACAGUGUUUUAGCUAUAUUAGCCCAUAUUCUCUCAGUGAAGAGAUGACAGCUUGUUAAAAGUGGAAAAUUAGUUAAUUAAUACUGUACUAAGUAUUUUAAAUAUAUUUCUUUUGGUGAGUUUUCAGUUUCAUAUGCUUGUAAUAAGAAUUGUGCAAAAACUAAAAAUAUUUAUAAACAUUUUUUUUAUCCCCCUCUAACAGUUAGCUGGUUAAUCUCAAAAUGUAACUUGUAAGCUUUUCAAAUUGCAAUAACACGGUGUAUAAAACUUUGAAACUUAAAACCCAUCAGUUAACUAUUGUUUUAGUGAUGUUUUACUUUUAUAAGCAAAGUUACAUAACAUUUUCUGUAAAUAAGGUUUUUGAUUAAUGAGUGUUCAUCUUGGUAAAUUAUGUAUGUGCACACAAGUCUUUAGAAUGUUUUAAAUACCAAUUUUUUUUUAUUUACUUGGUAAGGGUUGAAACAUUUGUUUUUGUAGCCUCUUUUAAUAAAGAAGUGUUGUAGUAUCAGAAGUAAUAUUUUAUAAGAACUAAAUUGCAACUUCUGAGUGUAAAUAAAACUAUUUUUAUUUA